AUGGCGUCGGCAGUUGACCACCACGUCAUCAUCCCAAACAGCAAGUCAGCAUUCAAUCUCCAAGAGCAAAUAACGUCGUCCGACCAACUGAAGCCUAAAAUGCUGAUAGAGUGCGAAAACAAUGACAAUGAAAUAAAUGCGCCAGCGGCACCUAAAGAGCCGAUUUCUUCCACUACUCUAAUGGAAAAAUUAAAACAAGAUUCUUUUCUGGAAACCCCACCUUCCCCAGGAACCUUGCAGAAUCCACCUCCACCUUACUCACAAUGGGAUGAGUUAAAUAUAGAACAAUUAUUACAAAAAGGACGUGAAGAAUUAAAUGUUCAUUCGGAGUAUAUAGCGCAAGGUAGCGGUAAUCAAAAAGAAAACAGCGACAUGCUUGACAAGAUGACUCAAUUGGAAUCUUUGGUAUCGUCUUUGCAAUCGAUUCUUAGUGAUCAAACAUUUGCAAUGCACGAUCUGAGAUCACAGUUAUCUGAUAUUCAGGGGGUCCUUAAGAAAAUGCAAGACAAACAAGAAACGAUGACAAGUGAAGAGGUGAUGAAACAAGUAGUCACAAUGAAGACACUUACGGAGAAUAUCAUUGCGUCAAGCGAAGUAAAAAGACAACUCGAUGCCAUAUCCGAAGAAGUAAUUCCUUCUUUUGAAUUAAACGCCCAACCUUCUUCGUUAGCAGUUGUCUUACAACCACCCUCGAGACCAACGUCGAGACCAACAUCUCGAGCUGCCUCAAGACAAGCAUCACGUGCAGCAUCACGUGCCCCAUCACGUUCGGCUUCGCGUACUGUCUCUCCAAGUCGCACACCCACAAUUUCACGUACAUCCUCGAAGCUUCCUUCGACACCUGUAUCUCCGUCAAUCCGUCCUUAUAAAGUCUCAACAAUGAACACAAUAAAUGAGAAUGGUGAUUAUAACGAAGAUAGUGAUAGCGAGAAUAGCGUGGCCUUUGAAAGAAUGUGUAGUAUACUUUCAACAUUGAUUACUGAAGCGACUACCGCGGUCGAAGCGCCAGUCAAAGGACGAGAGAAGAAAGUGAGACAGGACUCGAAUGCGAGUACAAUCUCGAGAGAUUAUUUCGAGGAUUUUGACUGGGAUGCAUUAGCGGAUGAUGAUGAAGAAGCCUCCGAACAAGCGGAAGUAGUUGAGCCUCAGCUCAACUUAUUAAGGGAACCGAGAAGAAAAGAUAGAAUAAUUAAUCAUAAACGAUCGAGAAGUAGAAAAGAACAAGAGUUUGAGGAGAGCUUCAAAACAUUAGAUUCAAGCCUAACGCAAGUACAAUGCCUAAUUACCGAUAUGACAGAUGAAUUGAUGGAGGAAGAAGAUGCGGUUAUUGUUCAAGACGAUAAUGGAAUGUAUAUUCGCGAAGUUAAAGAUAAAAAUGGUGUUGUUAUCCGUCAAGAGAUUAUUCGCCCAGAAUAUCUCGCUCAAGAGCAAAUGGAUGUACCAUACACUGAUCCGACAAUGGAUCUCUUGAAUAAUCCAAGCGCCGACUUAGCGGAUUUGGAUGACUUUGCACAACAAUGUCGACUUAUAACACGUGCACUCAUCCUUCCGUUUUUACACGCCACUCAUUCAUUUAUGUCCGAGUCUCUCCAAACCUCGAACAGGUCAAAUGCGCCAAAAUCAGUUAGCGGCACUACAAGAACUUUUAUGAAUCUUAUGUACUGGACAUUCUUGUUCACUUUGGGAUCAUUAGUUCUUGAUGCUUGGCUCUGUGAAGUGGCAGGAAGACAAGUUAUUAGAAUGGUUGACAUGCUGAAACCUGGACCACCUUUUCAAUUCGUUCAAAAUCAAGGACCUGUUUACGGGAUCCAGAAUGAAUAUCCUCAAAAUUAUCAUCAAGAAAGUAAUGCGGAUAGUAAAAAAAAAAACGUCAAAAUUCGUACGGGCAUUAGAUUGAAGUCGGUCUCUUGGAGAGGAGUGGGAGUAGGUGUUGGGGGUGGACAAAGGUGGUUGAGAAAUGGUGUUUUGAGUCUUGGUAAAAAAAGUAGAGGUUUAUUAACAGGAGGAUUAAAUAAAAUACACCAUAGAUCAAUGUUGUCACAUGAGUGGGGAGAUGAGGAUAUAAGUGAGGAAAGUGAUGAAUGGGAAAUUGUAGAUUUUAGUAGUGACGAGGAGAAUGAAAGUGUGACUGGGGAAAGUAGCGAGGAUGAUCCGGCAUUACUAUUGCGAUAUCGUAUUACGAAAUAUUUCAACAAUGAAGAUGUUGAUCUUCAAAUACCUGGUUCCUUUCCAGCUGAACUCAGAUGGGACCCAUCAUCCAUAGCGACGACUUCUACGAUAAAUUCAACAAUAAUGGAAACCGAUGAAUCAGAUAAAGAAAAUGUACGACGAGUGCGGAGUGUCGUACUUCGACGACCUAGACGUAAUGGUCCAUUUGGUGGUAGUGGCGGGUUUUGGGUAAUGCAGACUCGCAAAGUUCGAAAAAGGUCAUCGAAAAAGAAGAGGGAUAAUAGGCCACACUCGUUUUAUUCAUUAUCUUCAAGUAAUAAAGAAAACGAAUUUGCCGAUCUUCUAAAAAGUCCAAAUACAAAAUCAAACCCAAGCUUUAAAAAGAAGAAAAAGUCAGCAUCGUAUAAAAAUUGGGUGCGGCGAAACAGUAUAUAG